ACAACGCGGUCUCGGUCGGCUCGGCGCGGAAUCAGCUGGGAUCGCGUGCGCGUGAACGCGUCGUCGUUCGCGUCGGCGAGAGGGGCCGAGGAAAAGGGACUAGAGUCAGUCAGCCGGGCGAGGAAGACGAAGAGGGACGAGAGGGGUGGCAACCGAGGCGCAAAAUGGGAGCAGCCUGGCGGGAGUUCGUGCUGGGAAGCCUGAUCCUCGGACUAUUCUCGAGCAGCCUGCUGAAGGGUGUUCUGACCAACUCGACGAACAGGUGCGACUAUCCGCCGUGCUCCUGCGACCAUUACGGCCGGCUGACCUGCGACUGUAAGAACGAUGGAGAGGAGCUGGUGUUGACAACGGACGGCGACAAAAGGCUGAGCCCGCACACCAGCAGGAUAGUGGUGAGCAACUGUUCCUCGGUGAUCCUGGCCAACUCCAGCCUAGCCUCGAUGGCCGGGCUGCGUUCCGUGGAGCUGGUGAACGUGGCGAACCUGACACUGGUGAGGCAAAGCUUCGAGCUGUCGUCGCCCAGCAUCCGCACUCGCAUCACCGUGAGGAACAGCAGCAUCGACACGAUGCCGAGCUUCGUGUUCCGCGGCGACGUCGAGGCGAUCAGCUUCGAGAACGUGAGGAUCGGCCAACUGAGCGCGUUCUCGUUCGCGAAUCUCGUGCAAACGGAUACUCUGCGGCUGGAGGACUGCCACAUCGAGAGCAUGGAAGCGCAAGCGUUCAAGAAGUUCGACGUAGGCUACCUGCACGUGAUCCGCGGCAGCUUCGGUGACCAGGUGCCCAGCAGGACGAUGAACGACAUCGAGGUCUACCACAAGUUCAUGCUGGACGGAGUGAAGAUGGGCACGGUGCGGAGCGACGCGUUCAUCGUGCGGAGCCCGCGAACGGUCACCAUCCAGAAUUGCCUGAUCGACAGCCUGGAGAGCGAGGCUUUCGAGGUGACCGCACGCGGCGCGGUCAUCCUGAAGAACAACACGUUCGGCAGUCUAUCAAUCGGAGCGUUCCUAGGAAUACGCGCGGACUCGGAGUCGGUAAACCUGCACGAUCUGAUAUUCAAGAACAACAGCGUGGCGAACUUCGAGGAGGGCUCGCUGAUGUUCGACCGGUCUAGCUUCCGUCUGGAGCUCGACAACCUACUAGUCGACCAGCCGUGCGACUGUCAGAUGCUGCCAGUUUGGAAGAACAACAUUCUCAAUUACACGAACGUCUACUCGAGGAUCUACACGAGACAGAACUCCAUGCUGCUGCCCACGUUCUCCAGCCAGGACUCGAUCAACGAGAGCCCGGAGACGUUUCUAUGCACGGACGGCGAGGUGGACGGGGUACCGACGAGUUUCUCCGAGUACGAGGCACGCCACUGUUCCCUGGGCGGGUCGGUGAUGAUACUCGCGACAGGGAUCGCGGGUCUGCUGGUUCUACUGAUCGUGCUCGCCUGCCUGAUCGCCUGGUGCUGCAGGAGGCGUCGCCAGAACAGCCGGAAGAAAUGGAUCAGCGUGCCGACGAACGCGCCCGACGUGGUUUCCAAGAAGAACGGCGUUAUCGGGAGGGAAGCGGCGGCGUCCACGGCGCCGGUCGACAGCCGGAUAACGAUGGUGGUGCCUGACGGCAGGCUCUACAGGGAGACCGAGUUCCAUGUGAUCGUCGAGAAGGCGGAACCGUUGACUACCGAGUUGUAACGAGAACCGUCGCGCGGCUCGGUUGCAGCCGUGGCCGACGCUCGGCUCGAGGAAGAAUUCGAGUGGUCGGACAGGCCGAGCCGUUUCCGCGUGUACAAGCUCUGAACGUCUGGGACACGGUGUAUUAUCGGUGGCCAGCGACGCGCGACGAGCACGUGCACCGGUUUCACGCUGCGAGGACUGUUCGAACAGCCUGUGAGCACGCGUGAGCGAGCGUGUGUGGGUGUGCGAGCGAUCCGCGGUCCCCCGCCCCGAUUACAAUGAAACUUCAGGGAUGAACAUUGCCAGCCCGCGACCGUUCUUUCCUUUUUCCCUUUGUCACGUACCGUUAAGCGAUAUGUCGCGUCUUUCGGGGACGACUAGUGCGAGGCAGAUUAACCGGAUCCUAUUGUUUUCAAAUUUAACCGACUUAAUCCUUUUAGUACAAGCCAGUUCGUAAGCUUCCAUUCACAUAUCAGACGCGAGCGCCGAUUAUCCCGGCGCGGACCUAGCCGACGUUCCGCCGAACCGUACUGUAUGCCCCGGUUCCGCUCCGACCGUUACGAACCGAAGUUUCCCUCGCGAACGGAAGCGUCCGCGCGAGCGCGGAUAAUCGGCACCGCGUUCUUAGCUAAGUUUAUCGUUUAAGUAGCUUCCGAAGGUGUCGUUCGAGAAGAUUGGACCGAAGUUCGCGUCCACUUCGACACCUGGAGCGAGGAAAGAGAGAAGAAGAGGGGUGCGCCCCGGUCGAAGGCGCACGGAGAAUCCUAAACUCGUCGAUCCGCGCGAUUCGCGUCGAUUCCGGCGAUCCAACUUCGCGCCUCGACGAACGCUUCGAGCGGAGACCAGCAGCGUCUACAGUGCGAUCGAAUUUAGCGAUGUAAGGAGGGGCGACGUGUUUCGACGACCUCGAGGGGAGUCGAUUGAUUUCGUCGGGACUGUAAGAACGCUCGAGGAGCAGUGCCAUUCCUAUAGGAACGCCGUGUUCGCGUACACACUCGACUCGAAGGGACGUUCGUCCUAGCGAGUGGCGAUAAAAAAAAGGGUAGCCGAGUAUACCCAGUGACUUCCGAGCAAGGAAAUGGCACACGUGAACCGCUGUGUAACACCGUCUCGGAUUGAUUGCGUUUCUCACUGUGCUUGUAACAGAAUAAAAAUAUUACCUGACAUUCCUUGACAAUACGGAUAUGAAUCGAUGGGACGUUCGUAGUUCUAAGGGCCGAGCGGAGUGGCGGCGAGAAGAUCAAACUACCCUAAGCAUCUCCCGUUCGGGGAGAGCAAGAUAAACGCAACCCCUGCCGGUGACCUUCUCUCGAACACGUUCGAACCGUUUCCCGUGGGUUACCGUCGCGUCGGCUCGCUGUAUCUCGUUUUUGUUACUGCGACACGUUUAUUUAUGAGCUUGGGAUUUCGCCAAUAAAUUGUUGUUAUUGUUAUCAGUUGCGAUCAGUAUCUAUAAUUUCGAUGAACGCGAGAGCGGCCCCCACCUGCGGACGUUAUCGGCUCGGCUCGCGUACAUACCCCGGCUAAUCUCGGCCCGUAGCUCUCGAUAACGCGGACGUAAAUUCGCUACGACAUCGCUAGUGCACGCCACGCCUCUGCCUGGCAUCUCAAGGUUCCGAUGAUUAAUCGGACCGAAGCGAACCGCGGGGAACUACACAGAGCGAGAGCGCGGGAGGAAUUUCCCGCGAGGAAUUUCGAGGAGCAGCGGAAACAGCUGAUCCGAGGAGCGUUUCGAAAGACACGCGUACGCUUUGUCUUCAAAGCGAGUGGCCAACCUCGCGCGGGUGACAAAACGGCGCAUCGCCGAUGCGAACUCGUCGUACGUUCGCCCCGCAGCCGAUUUCUCGCGACGCUGUCUCGUUCCGCGCAACUACCGACAGGACCCGCCGGCAGAAAUCCGCUCGCGAGGAGCGUUUUCAGGUUGUUCGGUGACCUUCGGAGCCGGGUAGCCUUGAACGGCGAAGACGCACGACCGAUUAACGACGACCCGCGAGAAGAAACCCCGUCACGCGUGCAAUUAUCGAAGCGCGCCGCGCGAAUUAAGUUUUGUAAGAACGGUUUAAUUGUAAUUAUCGUGAGACUGUGAUAUGACGACAGCCGACUGUAUCAUUUGUUCUGCAUCGAUCGCGGCUUGUGGUGACCAUCGAUGAACAGAGAACGAGAGACCGAGAGAGUGAAAGCGUGAGUGGCUGAACGAACGAGAGAAAGAGAGAGAAAAAGGGUGAGAAAGAAAGAGAGAGAGAGAGAGAGAGGGAGAGAAAGAAGGAGAAAAUAAAGA